UGGAUCAUAAAUGCGAAAAGCCUUGAGAAAAUUUUAUCUAUAUGGCGAGCGGACAGAAUGAGGAGUUCAGUGUGAAGGCCGACCAAAACGCGGGCCAAGCGCCACAAGUGAAGAGGGAUGAUUGGAAAGUAGACAACACCACCAACUCUUCUCAAACUUCAGCAGGCUUUCUCCAGCAGAAAGGGGAGGAAGUGAAGAGCAUGGCACAAGGAGCAUCAGAGGCAGUGAAGAACAAACUGGGGAUGAACAAUGAUUAUAAGAACAAGAACCCUUUGGACAGGAAGAAUCCUAACAACACAACUUGUCCAAGCAUGCCUGGUCAUCCUCCUUCUGAUAUUUAACUUUGUUUUCUCCACUAGACUCUCUGUAAUAACAAUAAAAGGGAUCCACACAAUACAUUCAACCCCAACACAUGUUCAAACUUGGCUUCAGUCUUUGGAAUUGAAAAUAAAAAUAAGAAAUAUUGAGACUUUGGUUAUAGUCUUCGGAAUGAUCUUUCUAUCUCAAAAACCGGUUUACACUUGGUAGUUCCACCCCAUCCCAGUCCAGCUACUGUUCUUUUCACAUUUUUUAUACGCAGAGAUCCACAAACUUCAAUUAUGGAUUCAUCCAUUAUAUUUGAUGGCAGACAUUGCAAGUGCAUUCAUUGGAUCAACAAACUUCUUUAGCAGAGGAUCAUUAUUGCCGCAUCUCAUCUGACACGAGCACCACCACCACCACAUCCACCCGCCUGCAUCAACAGUACCUACAAUGCUAUCCUCAGAAGGUCCCCUGCUCCUUUCAUGCCAUCUCUCUUUAUUGUUUUUAUGGCUGGAAUCACCGUGUGCUCCAUCAAUGGAAUUCUCAGAGACGUUUCAGUUUGUUUGUCAGAGAUCUACAACAGGGGAUGGUGAUGAUGAUCUUCGGAAAAUUUACAGAAAAUGCAGAAAACAGGUUAGGGUAGAGAUGAAAGCUGAGAAAAGCUCCCACUAGCACAUAAACAAGUACCAUCAAAAACCAAAAAGAAAGAAAAAAAGAGUUGUUUUGGUGGAGAAACAUAUAGAGAGAAGUAAGAAUAGAUUUAGUAUGGAACAUUUCUAAACUUCUAUUUUGUCCCACAUCGGUUUCUUGACUCAAAAUUGUGUUGUUUAUAUGAGUCCUUCAAACAGUUACUGCACGUCGAGCUCAGUAACAAGGGCUUGUGACCCAUGUGGGGACAACAAGUUGGUUGAACACUGGCUCGGUCCACAGGUCGGAUCUGUUAUGGCACUGUUCUGGGCUGCCCAGUCCAAGCCGAGAGUGAACCGUGUGUGUUGAGCGAAGGCUUGGCUCAAGCGGUUCCUAAAGUGUAGGGCAAUGCGCUAGGCUGGUUUCACAGAGCAGCGAUCACCUCCCUCUUUCGGCAGUGGACGGAUCACGGCUCAACGUCACUCAGGUUCACCAUGGCCUGCUGGCUCGUACCCAGCUGGACAACCAUUUUUUU